UGAAAAACUAGUGAGUAAACAUGUCUCAAGGUGUAACCGAACAUCAAACAACCGAAAAGAAGCCAAGCGGAAGAGGACCGAAAAGAAGAAAAGCGAAGUGAGAGAGACGAAAAUGGCGAGGAAUUUGGGGGUUUUGAUGCGGCAGUUGCUUGGCAAUCGCAACAACCCGUGUGCAGCAGGUCGUCUUCAUCAUCUUCACCAAAAAUCCAUCCAAAACCUAACUUCAGUACCAAAUACCACACCUUCUUCACCACAGACAAUCCAUAUUCGUUCAACUUCCAAACCCUUCUCCCAUUAUUCCAUUCACACCCCAAACCUUCAAUUUCUGCAACAGCGACGAUGCCUCUCCUCAUCCUCACUCUCAGAUUCAGAUUCAGACUCAGAUUCAGAUUCAGAUUCAGAUUCAAAAAAUUUACUUUCAGGUCCCUCAAACCUAUUCGUCAUUGAGAGUCUCAGCAUGCAUUAUAAGGCACUUGAAAAAGUUAAAAAUGAUAGCUCGUCUGCGGUUUUCUACUACACUGCACCCGGGUGCCUGGCUACCCGUAAGUGGAUAACUCCAAUCUUUGAUGAGUUGUGUGAGCAAUUCCGACAUAUAACAAUGUAUAAGGUUUACAUGGAUAAGAAUGGCCCUAAAUGCCCAUUGGACAUAUUUGGAAUUUCUCACAAAGGGGAAGCCCGUGCAUCCUCAUUGGACAAGUUGGAAAUUCACAAGACGCCAACGUUCCAUUGCUAUCUAAAGGGGGAAAUGGUAGAUGAGCUUGCCAGUGCUUCAGCCAGACACUUGAAAAAAAGACUUGAAAAUGUCUACAACCCAUCUGGGAUGAAGAAAAGGAGAAGACAAGGUAAGAAAGAUGAGAAUGAUGGAGGAAGACAAGGUAAGAAAGAUGAGAAUGAUGGAGGACUUGUUCAGGUAUUUCCAAGUAGGUUUCCUGAAACAUCACUGCCUGGAGUGUUGUGGAAUCAUCAGGGAUCGUUUGAUGUAUCAACAUGCAGUUUUGAGACGUGGGCUUUUGCAAAAGGGAUGCUUUUAUGUCAAGAGAACAGAGAGAGAUUUUCUAAAUUGGAAGAUUGUGAAUCGAAGGUCGAAUGGAUUGAGCAUGAAAUGGCUGAGAAAUGAGUCAGAAGCACUUGUAUGUUAAGUUGUGGGACAUUAACACAGAAGGGAUUUGAACCCCUCCCAUUUUACUCCUCCAACACCUUAACCACCAUAU